AUGUUUAUCUGUUUGAUUGCAGAAACAACAAAGUCAAUAGUCAGAGAUCAAACCUCAAGAUCGGAGAUCAUCUCUACACACGCAUUAGAAGACGCCAAGGAAGUGAUCAGAAAGAACGGCAUGGUCAUCAUCAAGGGCGCCUCUGGGGACGGAAAGACAAUGAUGUGCUACCAGCUGUUGAAGUGGCUAAUGGAUGGCGAUAAUAAGGAUACUGGACUGUCAAAAGAUCCGUUACAGCUUCACAGCAUGUCUAAAUGGGAUGACAUUGUUCAGCCAGAAACACAGAUAGCUUUAUUUAUUGAUGAUGUCAGUGGGGAUAUUGUUAAAGAAUUGGAGAGAAGGAAAGACUCUAUACAGUUAGCAUUUUGUGGCAAACUGAAAAGUAGAUCAAAUUGUUUGAUCCUCAAUGUUCGAGAUGAAAUUUUCAAAAGCACACAAAUGUCCUCAUGUAAACUAUUUAAUGACGAUAACACCAUUGAUUUGAGAGGUAAAAACCUCAUGACAAGUGAAGAAAAGCUGCAGAUUUUAGAAAAGUAUGUCCCAAAAAUUAAAGACUUAUCUGGUGGAAAGGAAUCUGAAAUUGUUAAAUUUGCCCCCAAAAUUGGGUUUCCACAAUGCUGCAGACUGUAUAGAGAUGUUCCUAGCUUAAAAAAUGAAGGGGUUGAUUUCUUCAAAAGUCCAGUCUAUUUCAUGGAAAAAACUUUGAAGAAAUUACCAAAGGAAUGCUUUGCUUCACUUCAAUUUCUCUUUCUCAAUGAUGGGAGGGUAAAGAAAGGAGACUUAGAUCCUCCUAACAGUGAAAAUGUUGACAAGAAAAAGCUAGAGAUAGCUUUCCCUGGCGUUGAACUAAGUCAUGAAGACAAAAUCAGACUGUUACGUAGAAGUUUAGAUCAAAUGUUAGGAUCUCUGGUUGCAAAAACGAAAUGCAGGUUUCUGUAUGAUGAUGAUUCUGACGUAUUAGAUUCUGAUUCUGAUGUAUUAGAUUCUGAUUCUGAUGUAUUAGAUUCUGAUGAUGUAUUUUACAGUUUUUGUCAUGCUUCUGUUCAGGACACUGUUGCCCUUUUGUUUGGCAAUAACACAAAAAUUGGGUUCAUAGAGAAUUGUCCAAGAAAGUUUCUACGUUAUAUAUCAACAUCAAAAACCAUUCCAAACAGAAUAAUUAUAUAUUCUAGUAAUACAGACAUGUAUAAACGUUUAGUCAGAGAGUUUGAAUCUGACUCCAACAAAAACUGGUUUGAUAGUGAAUAUAUAACUUCAUUAGAUGUAUGGAAAGAUAUUCAGUUUCUGCAGGGAUUUAUUAGAUGGCUAAGUGGUCAGAAUGUUGACAAAAACUUGUACCAUGAGAUAAAACGUCGCAUGUUGAAUGGAGCAUGCUCUUCUGGUUCAGAAGAAUGUGCUUUAUUGCUCCUGUCGGAGGGUGUGACACCUGACGAGGAGACACCGUUUUGUGUGGUAGAGGGAGGGCGUGUGAGUGUGUUACGUAAACUACUGGAGUAUGAUGUCACUCAGACAGCGAGGGCACACAGGUCACAAUCACCACAUAUAGCUUGGAAUAUCAAUGUCCUACAUGAGGCAUGUUUGUUUGAGAGAGAUGAGAUGGUGACUUUGUUGUGUAACACUUACCCACACUUGGUACAUGACACUGAAGGCGAGGGACGAAGCAUGCUCCAUUUUGUGGCGUGGAUAGGAAACUGUGAUAUAUUCAAAACAGUGGAGAGAAUUAUACUUAAUUCCUUGUAUGGAGUUGAGGACGAACAUCAUAAGUGUGAGACAGUAGAAGGUCGUGUGGUGCACAGGAAUUGUGCAUGUGCUCAGUACAUGUGUCAGUUAGUGGAUGAUAAAGGGAGUACAGUGUUGCAUCAUAGUAGUGGGUUAGGGCACAUGGAGGUUUGUAAAUACCUGUGCGAGUCGUACCCACGCCUAACUAUAGCUGUAGAUAAUAAUGGGGAAACAUUGUAA